AGCUUUGCGGAGUUGGGCGGUGCCGAGGAGGAGGAGGAGGAGGUGGUGGCCUGGGUCUGACGCGGCCCGGUUUGUGGGGCCUUGCUUGUUUAUUUAUUUAUUUUGUUUGCCUCUUAAGUGUGCGCGCGCUCUCUGCUUAGUGGGGAGGGGGUGGGGGGAGGGCCCGGGAAAAGGGGGGAGUUGGAACCCGGGUCGAAACGCCGCGUGACUUGUAGGUGAGAGAACGCCGAGCCGUCGCCGUAGCCUCCGCCGCCGAGAAGCCCUUGUUCCCGCUGCCGGGAAGCAGAGUCUGGUGCCGACAAGAUGGCGGACGGGGAGCUGAACGUGGACAGUCUCAUCACCCGACUGCUGGAGGUACGAGGAUGUCGUCCAGGAAAGAUUGUGCAGAUGACUGAAGCAGAAGUUCGGGGCUUAUGUAUCAAGUCUCGGGAGAUUUUUCUCAGCCAGCCAAUUCUCCUGGAAUUGGAAGCACCACUGAAGAUUUGUGGAGAUAUUCAUGGACAGUAUACAGAUUUACUGCGAUUAUUUGAAUAUGGAGGUUUCCCACCAGAAGCCAACUAUCUUUUCUUAGGAGAUUAUGUGGACAGAGGAAAACAGUCUUUGGAAACCAUUUGUUUGCUAUUAGCUUAUAAAAUCAAAUAUCCAGAGAACUUCUUUCUUUUAAGAGGAAACCAUGAGUGUGCUAGCAUCAACCGCAUUUAUGGAUUCUAUGAUGAAUGCAAACGGAGGUUCAAUAUUAAAUUGUGGAAAACCUUCACUGACUGUUUUAACUGUCUGCCUAUAGCUGCCAUUGUGGAUGAGAAGAUCUUCUGUUGUCAUGGAGGACUGUCACCAGACCUGCAAUCUAUGGAGCAGAUUCGAAGGAUCAUGAGACCUACUGAUGUCCCUGAUACAGGUUUGCUCUGUGAUCUGCUGUGGUCUGACCCAGAUAAGGAUGUACAAGGCUGGGGGGAGAAUGAUCGUGGUGUGUCCUUCACUUUUGGAGCUGAUGUUGUCAGUAAAUUUCUGAAUCGUCAUGAUUUGGACUUGAUUUGUCGAGCUCAUCAGGUGGUUGAAGAUGGAUAUGAAUUUUUUGCUAAACGACAAUUGGUUACCCUGUUUUCAGCCCCAAAUUACUGUGGCGAGUUUGAUAAUGCUGGUGGAAUGAUGAGUGUGGAUGAAACUUUGAUGUGUUCCUUCCAGAUAUUGAAACCAUCUGAAAAGAAAGCUAAGUACCAGUAUGGUGGACUGAAUUCUGGACGUCCUGUCACUCCACCUCGGACAGCUAAUCCACCGAAGAAAAGGUGAAGAAAGGGAAUUCUGCAAAAAACCCCAUCAGAUUUGUUAAGGACAUACUUCAUAAUAUCUAAGUGUGCACUGUAAAACCAUCCAGCCAUUUGACACCCUUUAUGAUGUCACACCUUUAACUUAAGGAGACGGGUAAAGGAUCUUACAUUUUUUUCUAAUAGAAAGAUGUGCUACACUGUAUUGUAAUAAGUAUACUCUGUUAUAAUAUUCAGCAAAGUUAAAUCUAAAUUUAAAAUGAUCCACUGAAGUUACAUCUUCAUGUAUCACAGUUUUUAAAGUUGAAAAGCAUCCCUGUUAAACUAGAUGUGAUAGUUAAACCACAUGAAAGCAUGAUGACCCAUCUGUUAUGUGGUUUUAGUGUUGCUUGGUUGUUUAAUUAUUUUGAGUUUGUUUUGUUUGUUUUGCUAGAAUAAUGGCAUAUAUUUUUUGAACUUUUUUUCCCCCCUAACCAUUUUUAAAAGUGAACUGUGGGAAGAGCUUUAAAGAUAGUCACUGAUUUAUUUUCCCUUUGUUUUUACUUAUGUUUCUAUUCGAUCUUCCUAAGAAAAUUUAUGCCUCGAUAUAAGUAAAUGAAUUUUAGAGAUCGAUAGCUUAAAAAAUACGUAAAGUGUCCAAUCCA